UCCAUCAAUCAAUGUCAAAUAAUAUAUUUUUGUUAUCGACUCGAGCGCAAGUAAUCGCGUUCCUCUUGGUUCAUCUGGUUGCUGAUCGACCGAAUGGAAACCGUACGAAAUUCUCAAAGUGACGAUGCUGUAUUUUACGAUGCUAUUUGUAACGAUUUGAUCGACCCCACGUCUUGGCAAGAUGAAGACGGUGAAGAUAAAAACCCCAACUUUGAAAUUGCCAGACUGAAAUUUUUGUUAACUCUUCCGGAAUAUGCAAAUGACGAGGAAAAGAAAAACAAGUUAGUAGAAUGGAUUAAAAAUGAUGAAAUGGCGCCGUAUUAUGAGAGGGUGUAUGAAGAAUUAAAAUGGAAACGCGAUAAGAAUAUGCUAAAGGAAAUGCAAGAAGCUAAUAAAAAAGCACUGGAAUCUCUCGAAUCAGAAAUCGAAUACGCCCAAAACAAUUUAGGAACUAUCGAUAUAAAAGUAGCUUACGUCAAUAAAGCCGCAUAUUUAAGUAAGAUAGGCAACAAAGAUGAUACAAUAAAAACCUUAGCACAAGCGUACGACCACACAGUUGCUUUAGGCUGUAAACUUGACAACGUCUUUCACUGUAUCAAAAUAGGCUUGUUUUUCAACGAUUUGGAUUUGAUUAAAAGGAAUUUGUCAAGAUCGGAACAGCUAAUUGAAGAAGGUGCGGAUUGGCAUUAUAGAAAUUGCUUUAAAAUAUAUACAGGUCUUUAUUCAUUGGCUACAAGAGACUUUACCACAGCUUGCGACGUCUUUACCAGCGUCAUCUCAACAUUCGUCUGUACAGAAUUAAUAUCUUUAAGUACCUUCAUCAAGUACACCGUCUACUCCGCCAUGUUAAUACUUAAGCGAAACGACUUGCAAUCGAAAAUAAUGAAGAACUCGGAUAUUUUGCAGGCUUUACACCGAGACAACACCUUAAAACAAUACCUAUUCUCUUUCUACAACAGCGAAUUUAAGGAUUUCUUCAAAGCCCUGGCCGAAGUGGAGAUCGAUAUGCGACAAGACGCCUUACUGCACGCCCACUACCAUUUCUACGUCAAAGAAAUGAAGAUUAAGGCCUACGAUCAGUUGCUGUCGACUUACAUUUCCUUGAAUCUGUCAUACAUGGCGGAUAGGUUCGGUGUGACGGAAGAAUAUUUAGAAGAAGACAUGACUAAGCUCAUUGCUGCGAAAAGAUUAAACUACAAAAUUGAUAGAGUGAGCGGAAAUAUAGUAAACAUGCGGUCCGACAAGAGGCAAGAAAUGCUGGAGAACGUGAUCAAAAAUGGAGAUGUAUUGCUCAACAGAAUACAUAAGUUAAGUAGGGUUGUGAAUAUUUAGCGUCGACAAUAUAGAUAGAUAUUCAUCAAAA